AUGGCCCUGAGAGCAGCAGGAAGUGUGUUUGGUGUUUUCCUGUUAUCUGUUGCAGGAGUACUGGGACAACAGUUACUCCUGUGCUGUAAAAGGUUACGAGGACCACCGCUCUCCUGCAGUGUGUGCCGUGGGCCAGAACUGUUGGAGAGUGAUUUACGCCAAAAGGAGUAUCUGUGCCUUGAAGGGUCAUCAGUGGACAUAUCCUGCACUUACACAUAUCCCCAUGGUCAUAUACCCAAAGACACAUUCUGGUUUACUCAAGGAAAGUCUACAAAGGAGCCUACAGAUCUGAAGAAGGACCCAAACUAUUUGGAUCGUCUGGAGUACCAUGGAAAUGAGGACAGCGAUUGCACCCUGAGAAUCAAAGACCUUAAAGACAGUGACUCAGCUGAGUACAAAUUCAGAUUAGUAACUGCAGAAGGGAAAUAUGUCAGUUCACCCGGUGUAUACCUGACUGUCACAUAUGUCCUGUUGGAGAUGAACCCUAUGUCUGUCUCUGAGAGGGAAAUGGCCAAACUGACAUGUACAGCCAACUGUAGACUGGGUGACAACACAGCCUUCAUUUGGUAUAAGAACAGACAGGCUAUACCAAACAGCCACAACUACUCCAACAGCCUGCACCUGUGCCAAGUCAGCAGUGAGGAUGCAGGCAGCUACUGCUGUGCUGUAGAAGGCCAUGAGAAUCUCCACUCUCCUGAAGUGACUCUAACUGUCAGAUACAAACCAAAGAACAUCUCAGUGUCAGUCAGUCCCUCUGGUGAAAUAGUGGAGGGCAGUUCAGUUAUUCUGACCUGCCACAGUGAUGCCAACCCACCAGUUCAGUUAUUCUGACCUGCCACAGUGAUGCCAACCCACCAGUUCAGAAAUACACCUGGUACAAGAGGAACAUUAACACAUCAAAAGAAUCCGGUCAGAUCUAUCGCAUCAUCAACAUCAGAUCGGAGGACAGUGGAGAAUAUUAUUGUGAGGCACAGAAUGAAAUGGGAGCUAAGAACUCCACAGUUAGAUUGAUCAUAGAAUCAGGG